AACAAAUUCAUCGCACGCCUGUAACGGCUCUAUAGAUAAUUAAAUAUUUCUGCUCAAUUACGAAAACACCCUUCAGCAAGUAGGUUUUCCUUUACAAUAUUCUCUAUAUCUUUCUCAGGCGGACACGCAGAGAGAGAGACUGCUGGGCUUCGGAGGAGAUGGACCAGAGAGAACCAGACGCGGUCCGUGAAGAAGGAACCUCCAAUUCGCCACUCGCCAACUCACGCUGCUGCUUCUGCUUCCCUAAUCGCUUUGAUUCCCGCCGUUCCUCAACAGUCGGAUUAGCCUGGUGGGAGCGUAUACGGACGGCACAGAUUAACAAAGAUGACCGCCACUGGUGGACCAGAGCCUUCAAGAGAAUCCGCGGAUGGUCCGAGCUCGUCGCCGGUCCCAGGUGGAAGACCUUCAUAAGAAGAUUCAACAGGAACCGAAGUGGGAAUCACCAAGGGAAAUUCCAGUACGAUCCCUUGAGUUACGCCUUGAACUUCGACGACCAGAGCAACGAGUUCGAACAGGAAGACGAUUACGCUUCGUUGCGGAAUUUCUCGACCCGGUACGCCUCCGUUUCGGGCCCGGAUAAGAAUCCGUUAACGACAGCCAGCGUUGGUAGCGAUGCGGCGGUGCUCGCGUGAAUAGCCCGUGAAUGAUGUGACAGCUGUGGUUGAGCUGUAGUGUUUGCUUGUUAGUGACGUAACGUGACGGGGACCGUUGAUAAUGGUUUAAUUAUUUAAUUUUAUUUUUAAUAUAAAUUUUUAAUUUUUUUGGUCUUGUUGGUAUUGAUUAUGUGUAAAGACUAAAGAUUAGUAAUUUAUGAGAGAAGAUGCCAAUAAAGAUAGAUAAUGAUGCGGGAGUAAUCCUAUUUGAGUA